AUGCCGAAGCCUUGUGACUUGCAAAUCAACAUUGAUGGUCGGCAGAUAUUUCUUUUGAAAGAGAAGGUUAUAUCAAAAUACUGUGGAGGGUUUAAAAAAAUCUUGAAUCACCAGAAGAAAAGAUGUCAUGUGAAGGAGUUGGGGAUUAGAAUUAACGAUUUCCCAGGAGGACCAGAAGGGUUUGAGCUAGUUUCAAUGUUCUGUUACAAUAAUGGAAAAAUCCAAAUCACUGAAGCUAAUGUGUGUCUCCUCUACUGUUGUGCGGUUUAUCUUGGAAUGACCGAGGAGGUACUCAGCAACAAUCUAUUGCAACAAACAGAAACUUUUCUUCAGGGAAUCUUCUACUGGAAAUGGAGUGAUAUACUCGUGAGUCUCAAGAGUUGCCAGCUGUUUUAUAAGUACGCAGAUGGCUAUGGUCUCUUGGAGAAGAUCAUUUGUGUCUUAGCCAAGUUUGUCCAGAAUUCAGAUUCAAACCUCCUCACUUCCUCUCCUUCAGCAUCAUCAUCUUCUUCACCAGAAAACAAUUCUGCCCAGAGAUUAUCUUUUUCAUCCAAGAAAACUACCCCAGAGAAAAUCAAGUCAAAUUUGUCAGGCAAGGCACGGUGGUUUGGAGAUUUGGCAACUUUACCAACAAAUAUCAUUGAGAAACUUAUCCAGGCUAUUGGGGCAUACAAAGCUGAUAACAAAGAUUUAGUCCUCACAAGAUUUCUGUUGCAUUAUCUGAAAAUAGCCACUCAAACAAAAGUGAUUAACUGCAGAAACAGCAAUGAGUACGCUGCUCUCGCAGAAACUGCUACUUACGGGGUCAUAUCUGUUGGAAAGAGGACCUUUUCUUGCAGAGGCCUUUUUUGGGUUCUAAGGAUUGUAUCCAAGUGUGGGUUGAGGAAAGAUGUUAGAACUGAAUUGGAGAAGCUGAUUGGUGGAGUGCUUGAGCAAGCUACACUGGAUGAUCUUCUAGUUUCUGGGCAUGACAUGGGAGUUUAUUAUGACGUUAAUUUGGUGAUAAGAUUGGUUAGACUAUUUGUUGAUAUCAAUGGUUCUGAUGAUGGACUGUCUUUACAGAAACUGAGAAGAGUUGGUAGAUUAAUUGACAAGUAUCUGCGAGAGAUAUCCCCUGACCAGAACCUCAAGAUCUCUAAAUUUCUUGGAGUAGCAGAAUGCUUGCCAGAUUCAGCAAGAGAUUGUUAUGAUGGAGUCUACAAAGCCAUUGACAUCUAUCUUGAGUCUCACCCAAGCAUCACAUUUGAGGAAAGAUCGAGGCUGUGUAGAUGUCUUAAUUACACCAAACUCAGCUUUGAAGCAAGCAAAGAUCUGGCCAAGAACCCCCGGAUACCUCCAAGGGUUGCAAUGCAGGCUCUUAUUUGUCAACAAUCAAAAGUUCCAACAAUUGACUAUGUAACUGAGAGUCCAAGAAUGAAGCCUUCUCAAAUAGUUUUGUACAAUGGAAAUACCAGAAGCAGCUUCUCCCAAGAGAAGAAAGAUACGGAAAUAAACAUAGAGAAAAUGCAAUGGGAAGUAAUAGAAUUGGCCAAAUUACACAAGGAAGUCAACGUGUCAAAGUUGCUCUUGCUUAAUCAUGCUCGGGCAUCAUCCUCACCAAAAUUUUGUUGA